UCUAAACCGCAUGGUUCCGGUAAAACGUAAUGAGCAAUAUGUCAAAAAAUGUUUACUCAGAAAAAUGAUAUUUAUAUCUCGAAUAUAAAAUUAUUUCGAGUUUAUAUUUUUACCAAUUAUAUAUUUACCGAUUUCCUUUCUAACUAAUUAAAUUUUCUGGUUAAUAAUUUAUUGAUGACUAGAUUUCAUAUAACCUCUAUAUCAAUUAACAGCAGUUAUGGAGAUAAAUCCAUUGAGUAUAAUUCUUGUGAAAAGUGAUAGUAAAGGUGAUAGACUUUUAUUUCGAUAUCCACACGUAGCGAAACAUACACGAGAUUCUAAUCAAUGUACUAGAAGAAAAAAUCCUUAUUCUUUAACUAUCACAGAGGAUUUAUUACAGUCUUUACCAUUUCCAAUCUCUAACAUAAGCAAUGGAAAUUUGACUGGAGUAACUGAUGAAGUAUUAUCUACAUUAUUUGCUGUUAAACCAGAAUUAUGUGAACAAAAGUUCGAAUUAAAAGUAAAUGAUGUCCGUUUUGUUGGACAUCCAACUUUAGUUCCAUCUCAUGGAAUGAAAGAGGUUAAUUCUUCGAUGCUUUUUAAUAUAGUUUUUGCCCUUCAAGCUCAAGCCAGCCAUUCUAUAGUAAAAUGUUAUUAUGAUUUAAGUAGAAGGUUAGGCAUAGCUUUGAGACAUGAAGAAAAGAGAUGUGGAUUUUUAACAGAAGAAAUAAAGAUUAUGGUUUCUACUCAUGACGAAGUUGCUACUAGAUCAGAAGGUGAAAGUGAUUGUGAUGAGUCGCCAUAUGAAUUAAUCUUGCAAAGAAGUUCACUUUCACGUGAUUUGAAGUCUGUAUUUAGUAGUCUUACUACUUCUGGUAUAAUCAAUAUUAUGAUUAAUAAAUGGAUUCAAGUACGUUUCUGUCUCCCACAAAAGGUUCAUCAAUCUCAUAAAAAAGGAUUUGUUAUCAAUCCAGAAAUAAUAGACAGGUGUUUAAACAGUUUAAGGCCUUAUCACGGUAUACUAUUACUCAUUGAACCUUUAGAUUUAUUAGAUUCACUUCCAAUAGAUUCUUCUCCUGCACUUAAACGCCUAAUCCAAAUGUAUAGUCCUUUAAAAAGUCUACAAACUCUAGCUGCUGAUUCUGACUUAACACUAACUCAAGUUUUUCAAUUGACUGGGCAUUUAAUAUAUUGGGCUAAAGCUACUAUAAUUUAUCCUCUUUGUGAAAGCAAUGUUUAUGUUGUAUCACCAGAUGCUAUUAUUACAAAUCAAUUGUUGGAGGUAUUUUCUGAAGAAUUUCCUGGGCUUUGUCUUUUACAAGUUCUCAGUGAUUUUUCACUACCAAUUUCCAUAAGUCAACAGUUAAAUCCUUUGAGUCAGUCACAACAACAAACACAAUUAGUAAAAAUAAUAAUAUGGUUAUUAAAGAAUCAUUUACUUUUACAACUACAUACAUAUGUACAAUAUAUGCCAACUGUACACGGACGACUAUCAUUGGAUGCAAAAGAUGAAUUGAAUCAUAAUAUAAAUGAAAUCACAGACAGUAGUAGUGCAUGUAACUUAAGUGAUGUUUCAAAAGGUACUUCAGCUGAUAUAAAUGAAGAACUAUCAAUAACACUUCAUAAAGAAAAUGGAAUAUACAAUUAUCAAUCGGAAGAGUAUGAUAUUCCUUCUGAUGAUAGAAAAUUACUUGACAGAUUAUGCCGCCUUGGUUACUUUAAUGGAGGUCAUCAUUUAGAAGAGAUUAUGUAUUUAGAAAAUAUUCGUAGAUCGCAAUUAUUACAAAUCUUAGAUAAAUUUCGAGACGUGUUAAUUACAUGCAAAUGUGAAGAUCCUGCUAUAGCUCUUUUUUAUAGCCAGUUUGGCUCUUAACAUUUUCAUUUUAAAUAGAUAUAAAAGGAUAUUAAAUUGUAUAUAUAUAUAUUAUAUUUUGCAAACAUUUCUAAUUAAAUGAUAUAUUCGUGGUUCUUCGGAUUCUGAUUGUGUUUUUAAUAGCGCAUUGAUCUUUAUUCCAACGUUUCGUGAACAUUACAACUCUAUUCUGUUUCAGGUCUUCCUCGAAAACGUGAACUGCAAUGUUCAUAAAACAUCAGAACCAACACAUUAUUAAAGACACAAUCGAAUCUCGAAAAACUAUAAAUAUGUAUGUCGUCUAAUAACCAUCGUGAAAGUUUAAAAUUAAAAACUUCUAAUUGAAAGUUUUAAUAUAUUUAAAUAUACAUAUAAUAACAUUAUUGUAUCAUAUUAAAAAAAUUUAAUUU